AAAGAAAGCAACAAACUCGAACAUAUGUCGGGUCACACUAUCAACUCAAGCUGCACGAGAAGACUGUGAGGUAGAGGAAGGAGAGAUAUCAACAGAAAUAGCCUGCCUUCUAUAGUAUGAUGGCACCUGCUAGCAGAGAGAGUGACGGUCGUCAGUGUAAAUAACGUGGUGUCUUUGAUGAGUAAUUAGUCAAUGAAAAUACUUUGUUUACAUUUGAACACAAUGAACUUCUUUCUACGAAGAUACAUAUUCUAAACCCCCUUAAGCACUCACAUAUGGUACACUUCCUGCUCUUUGUCCCCAGAAGCCGACGCUCCAGAAACCUGACUCUAUGCAAGUCGCAGUCUUAGAGAAUUUAGUUUCAUAUUUGUAGACUUUCUAUAUUUUGGAGGGAAAUUCAGCCGAUAUAUAAAGGAUACAUAUAAUUUUCAGCAGGUGUAUUAUAUAUGAACAACGGUUCCAGUAAUUAGCAAUCAUGGCAAGAUUAUUUAGCUGGGCAAUUGUGCUGUUUCCAGUGUUUCUUUAUUUUGAUAUCUGUCAUCUUGUAGCAGGUUUGAAUGUAAGCGCUUGUUUUAAAGACGAAAAGGACUCUUUGAACGCCACUUGUCCAAGCGGUUACAUGGUUCGCAUUUUAAGGAGUUUUUAUGGUCACAGCAGCAGGGGAGCCUGCAGCUACGAAGAGAAUGACUGUACACAUGAGGAGGAACAAAACUACCCUUGCAUGGGUCGGGAGUCCUGUCGUGUUAACUUACCCACGAGAGAAACUGGUCGAAGAACAAAGAAAUGUGACUUCAAUUAUUUUCAAGUGGAAUACCAAUGUGUAAAGCGAUCUGAAAUCAGAACGAUUUGUAACACCAAACAGCUCACUGAUCAAAGUGGAUACAUUUCUAGUGAUCGCUACCCUAACAAUGUUCAAGGUCGGUUCACGUGCAGUUUGAACAUUAGAGUGGAACCUCAUAGGAAAAUUCAAUUAUAUAUACUUGAUCUCGAUCUAAAAGGUGAACGAAAUAAAAACUGUACAGAUUAUCUGUUUCUGAAUUUGGGAGUUAACACCAUAACAAUAUGCAACCGAAGUGUAAAUGAAAAAAGUUUUCCCACGUCUAAAAACGAGUUAAACUUAACACUGACAAUGGCAAGCGCAGGCAAGCGCAAAGGACUUUGGCUUUAUUACGAAGCUAUCCCCCCACUAGCAAGUACACCAGUUCCAAAAGAACCAACUAAAAAAUAUCCUACAACAGAGAGACCUGUCAGCCCUAAGUUAAUAGCAUCAGAACGCAACACCAAAGUAGCAGAAAAUCCAACUGUUAAAAACUAUCAACACUAUCAAAGUGAUCCAAAGCCGCAAGUAAACAAUUCGGUUAUUUUCGUUGCUGCAACAGCUGGUGUUAUAGGCACACUUCUCUUUAUUUUAAUUACAUUCCUUAUAUUCCUGGUAUUCAAAAUACAAAUUAAAAAGAAACGACAAAAAGUCUACAGCAAUUUCAUUGUACAAAAUCAGGAUCGAAAGAAUGCAAGCCAUAAUCAAACUCUUAGCAAUCUAUCAAAUAUAGAAAUUUAAGACUGAAAAAUAUGGCACAUAGGCUAUUUAUAUGGCCAAGUAAUGAACUUUGAAAUAUCAAACUGUAAUAAAUGCCUUGGAUCUGUUGGACAUGUAAGAUAACAUGGAAAAAAUGAACUGGCUUCAAGGGAAAUUUGCUGGUGAAAAACUGAAGCAAUUGAGAAUGAAUGAAUGAAUGAAAAAAAAAUUUCAGCUGAUACGAAAUGGUAGUUAACAUGCCAUGAAGGUAUGAAACAACUAUGAUUGAUCUGACAAAAGAGUCAGGCAGUUAAAGACCUGAAGGAAUUGAGUUGGUGUAAAGUGGUAAAAACAUCUUUGACAAAAAGCUGGUGUGAAGGUGAAGAUACUUUCAUUAAACAGAUUUUUAAUACAGAAGGAUGUUGACUGUGACAGCCAAGGAUUUAUUUCAGUUGUUGGCUAUGACAAAGAUUCCAUGACAGUAAAUCUGUAUGAAAGAGGCAACAUGGUUGUGAUGAGGACUGUCAAGCAUGGGGAAUGUUCAACAACUGUCUUCAUACAACUAUAUUUAUUCUUGCUCUUUGAUGUUUAUACUAAUUCAUUUUAUAUUUUGUAAUGUGUUUGUAUUUAUACUGUUUUUUUUUUUCUUUUCCAAAAUUUUGUAUACUGUUUCUGUGGGUUCGGAUGGGAGAUAGAGAAGACAUUCUUGUAUAUAAUAGAACAUUAAUAUUGAAACUCUCCCUUUUUUUCCCCCCCCCAUUUUCUUUCUUUUUUUCAAAAGCUAUCAUUAGCGGUGGAAUUUUGUGAGUGAACCUAGUCAUUUUUAUUCACAGAAAACUUGAAACAAAAUACUAACAGUAUUCAAGUAUCUGGACAUUUGUCAUCCUCUUUAUUGUCGUUUCUUUGUCUUAAUUAGAUUUAUUUGUCAAAAUUUCUGUCCUCUAAACCUGCAAUCCCAAAUCCAUUAACAGUUGUGUAUCUGUGAUAUUUCUUCAUAAGUGGCAUUCCACUUCAUAUCAUCAUCUGCUUGAGUUUGGCUUAAGGGAUUGACGAGUACUUUGAUCAACUGUUCUGCUGCUUUAGGCUUAUCAGCUAGGACAUAUCCCUUUUUAUUUGCAUUUCCCCAUCCCUUAUUAAGUAAUGUACACUUUUCAAGACUGGUAAAAAGGCUAGUGACAAUUACUAGCCUUUUCUAACUUUCUCUUCUUAGAAACUUUUGUACUAAUUUAUGAAUUUGAUUUUGUAUUCAGAUUACAACUUAAUAAGAAACUGAAUAUUAUGUAGAAUUUUUUUUUUUUUGUAAAAAAAAAACAAUUUGAUGGGAUAGUGGCAAUAUUUAAUAUCUUUUUCAUUUUUUCCUUCAUGUCACACUAUUAUAUGUUUAAGAUUCAAAUAUUUGGGGAUCUCUUCAAAAAAAUCAGUUGAAUUUCUUUUGUCAAUUGUAAAGUUUAUUUAUUUUUUAGUUUAUAUCAAUUACUGGAACAUAUUUAAAAAUACCUAUUUUUGCACUUUUAUAAAUAAAAUUCUCCAAAUAUUU